UUGUUCAUUCCAUUUUGCUAUACUGCACUUGAAGAUUACAUUAAUAUAAUUAUAAUUAUAAUAUUAAUAGCCAUUACAACAACUAGAUUAAUUGAAAAUAUUAAUAAUAAAUGUGUACAAUGUUACUUCACUAUAUCUUACAUUAGUAAAUGGACAUAUUCUGUAAAUUUAAACAGUGGUUGUGUGUCGUAGUUUUCAUAAAUUAAAAAAAUGAAUAAUUUUGAACACAAUGAUCCCGGUCAGAGUAUAUUCCAGGGCUCUGAUUUGGCCAGUAUUCAGGUGAAUAAUAACUUCCAAGAUGACAAUGAAGAUCAUUUGGAUAUACAGAGACUCGAUCAAGAGCUCAAAAUAGAAUUGGAUGAAGUUUUUAACGAAAGUGGAGCUAAUAUGAGUGUUAUUAGUUCAAGUCAUUGUAGUGAUGCUUCUGAUGAAGAACUUGCAGAACUUGAAAGUAAUGGAAGUCAUUCUCGAUCUAUUCACAAAUCAAAGAGAAAAAAAGCUUCAAUGCGUUCUAACCCAACCUUUCAACAUUUACAACAUUAUAUGAAUACAAACUUUCAACCUGAUUUUCAUGGAGAUGGCUCAUAUCCAUCACCAAUACCACAAUACAUCCCCCAAGUCAAAAGUGAUAAACACGGAGAUAAACAUAUCACAUCUAAUGACGUUGCACAAAAUAUUAGCAAACAGUAUGUCUAUGAAGGAAUUUCAAAUGAAGCUAAUUAUGAAACAUUGCAAGCUCUGUAUGAAAUGAGGCGUGGUGAAGUAAAUAGAUUAGAAAAAGAAUUAUCUGAAUUUAAAAUGCAAGCUGAAGCAGAAAUUGAUAAUUUGCGAAAAAAAUUGUUAAUCAAUGAAUCUGAAGGUCAAAGGACAGUCUUGGAGUAUCAGCAUCAAUGUGAGAAUCUUAAAGAAAAUAUUGAACAUUUGGAAAAUCAAAAUUUAGCUUUGAAACUUAAUGUAGAAACAAAAGAUAAAAUGAAUUCUAAGCUAACUAAAGAACUAGAAACAAUUCGCAUUAAUAUGAAAACUCUCGAAGAAUCACUUACCAAUCUCUCACGUAAUAAUGGUUCAAGGCAAUAUGAUACAAAUGUGGACUGUAUUGUAAAUGAUUUGAAAAAAAAGCAUAGUCAAGAAGUUAUUAAUUUACAGAAUCAAUACAAAAGUGUUAUAGAACAAUUACAUUUUAAAGAUCGUAAUUGUACAUUGUUAACAAAUGAGCUAAAAAAACUGCAACAAGAACACCAUCGUAUUAUAUCAGAAAAUAAUGGUUUGAUUAAUAAUCUAAAAAAAGAAUUAAAUGCAGCACAAAAUAAUAAACUAUCAGUUUCCAAUAACUAUGAUCAUAUUUUAAAUUUAAACAGUCAACUUAUUGAAUGUUCCAAACAAAAUGAACAGCUAAAUAAUACAUUGCAAAGGCUAACAGUUGAAAACGAAAAACUUCAUACUAAUUUGAAUGAUUCACAUGUUGGUAAUAAUUUGCAAAAUGUUAAUGAUGGAAGUAACUUAGAGGAAGAUUAUCAGAAAAGUUUAGAAUUGUUGCAAAAACAAAGAGAUGAUGUAAAAAAUUUAACAGAAAUGUUAAGUGUCAAAAAUAGAAGCAUUGCUGAAUUGGAAAAGAAAGAAAUUACAUACCAACAUUGUAUACGUAAAAUACAGUUAGAAUUAGAGAAAUAUUCUUGUGAUAAAAGCCAAAUCGGCGAUCAUUCUAAUCAUUGUGAAACACUACGUAAUGCUUUAGAAUUGCAAUUAGAAGAUACCAUGUGCAAGCUAAUUCGAACAGAAGAAAUGUCUACAGUUUCAAAACAAAUGAUUGAAAAUGAUAAGAUAGUAAACAAUAAUUCAAUUGAGGAAUAUAUGCAUUAUCAUCAGUCAUCAUUAGAAAAUAUUUCAAAACAAAAAGACGAGGAAAUAGAAAAACUUAAAAAUCGAAUGGAAGAAUAUAUUAAAGAAAUUGAUGAACUAAAACAACUCUAUGUUAAAGUGUGUUCAGAGAAGGAGAAUAAUUUAAAUGAAAAAGAAAGAUUAGAAAAACGUUUUGAUGAAUUGUCUUCUCAAUUUGAAACACUAGAUAAACAAUACGGCACUGUAGUGAAAGAAAAAGAAGAAUUAGCAAUUACUUUAAUUGGUUUAAAAAAAGAAAUAAGUGCUGAUCAAGAUUCUUUUCAAAAACAAUCAUUGAUAAAAGAAAUUGAAGAUUUAAAAAAUGAGUUAAUAUUGCAUAAACGUCAAAAAGAGAUGAUUGCUAAAUUAAAAAUUGAUUUGAUUCAAUCUAAAGAAAGAGUAUUGUCUUUGGAACAGCGAUUACAAUUUGAGUGUGAUUCUAAAGUCGCUACUUAUAUUGAUCAAUUAGAAAAAUUAAAAAUAGAGUAUGAAGAAAAGGUUAAUGAAUUAAAACAAGCAAAAGAUAUAAUUUAUAAGUUAACCAAUUCUGAUUUACAAACUUCUUCAAAAGUAAUUGAUGAUGAAAAAACUUUGAAAUCAAAAUUAUUGGAUUAUGAAAAUGCAUUGUCUAAUAUAGAAAGGAAACAUAAACUUGCAAUGAAUGAAAUGUCAUUCAAAUACAAAAAUGAAUUAGAUGAAUUGGAGAUGAUUUAUAAUAAAAAAUUUAAUGAGGAAAAAGUUGCUUGUGGUAAAUUAAUUGAAGAGCUUAAAAGCAAACAUAAGAUUGAGAUAGAAACAUUGAACACUGUGGCAAAACAGAAUGCAGAUGAAUAUGCAAAACAGGAAAUUAUACAAAUAGUUGCUCAUCAUAAACAGCAGUUUGAAAAAGCUAAAGAGAUUAUAACAUUAAAAAAUAAUCAUAUUAAAGAACUUGAAAUUAAAUUAGAAAAUGCCAAAACAGAAUUUUCAAAUAAGAUUCGUCAGUAUGAACAGUUUAAGGAAAUGCAUACUAGUUCAUCAAACAUAAAUAUGCUCAAACAACAAAUUGAAGAAGAAAGGUCAAAAUUUGCACAAAUAAUGACCAAUUGGUCUCAAGAGAUGCGUCAGAUGAAAGAUAAAUUAUCUUCAACAGUAUCCGAGUUGGAAAAGUUACAGGCAAAGUAUACAAAAGUGAAACACGCUGCAUUGGGUUAUAAACAUGCCAACCAAAAACAACAUCUUAUUUACAAUGAAUUAUUGAUAAACUGUGUUCGUUUCCUGGAUGAACUUAAAACCAAAACUGAUGAGCUUUUGACACAUAGAGAAAAUGAAAUUCAACAAGCACUUGAUGAAUUUGAAAAUGAUUGUAAACAAAGACGUUUAGCAUUUAGUAAUUUUAAUAAAUUAUCAAGUCUUAACACUAGUUGAUAUUUUGUAAAAACAAUCAUUCUGUAUAAAUGUUUUAAAAUAUUUUU